UAAAAACAAGUUUGCAUACACCGUAAUACUGAUUAAUAUUUUUUAGUGGGUGUUUUUUUAGACAAAUAGUUUGUUAAUAACAUAAAUAACUACAAUUAUAGUAUUGCUAACUAAAGUUUCAGCAUGCCGGCAUACCACUCACAAAUCAAGGACUUUCGCCAACAAGUUGGUAACAUGGCCAUUUUGCCACUGCGUACGCAGGUGCGAGGACCAGCUCCAAGUGCAAAUGUGGACAGCGACAUCAUUGAUGAGUCACUUUACUUCUUCAAAGCGAACGUUUUCUUUCGCACAUACGAAGUGAAGUCGGAAGUGGACCGUGUGCUCAUCUAUAUCACGCUCUACAUCACCGAAUGUCUGAAGCGGCUGACACGCUGCACCAGCAAGUCUCAGGGUCAGCAGGAGAUGUACAGCUUGGCCAUUUCCAAGUUUGAUAUACCCGGUGACGCAGGUUUUCCAUUGAACGCUGUUUACGCCAAACCACAAUCUGCCCAAGACUCCGACCUUAUGCGUCAGUAUUUGUUGCAGCUUCGUCACGAGACCGGUAAUCGUGUAGUGGAGAAAGUAUUUGGCACAGACGAUGGCAAGCCAAACAAGUGGUGGACCUGCUUCGCCAAGAAGAAGUUCAUGGAGAAGAGCCUGGCGGGCCCAGGUCAAUAAUGGAAUUUACAAGUUACAAGCAUUAUUCCAAUAUCGAAAUGUAUUAUUUAAGUAUGGCAAUGUAUCUAUUUGAAAUACAACAACCAUGUAAAUGUGUGUGUUCACGUAACGUAA